AUGGCCUCGGAGUCGGCCGAGACGCACUCUGAGACUGAGGAGGAGGAGGAGGCCUCGGAGUCGGACGAUACGGGCUCCAAGGCGGAGGAGGAGACGCACUCCGAGGCGAACGAGGUGACGCCCCGCAAGGCAGAGCUCGACUUCUCUGCGACGGAUAGGGAAGCCACUGAGGACGACCUGGACCAGCUCAUCGAAGAAUCAAGCAUGAGGGCUGAUCUUGCUUCGCGGACUACGGGAUCGACUCCGCGAUCCGGCGGCACUUUAUCGCAGCCCAACAGAGACUCUGCGAACGUUCUGCCGCCCAGUCGCGAAAAUCCUUGGCUCGUACUAAACUAA